AUGGACCUGCUUAACAGAUAUUCCGGUAUCGAUGAUCCAGAUCUUCAAUAUAUGGCUCUUAGAGAGCUGACUUCAGACACAUUGGCCGAUAUGGAAGAGCCUAUAAUGACUAAGCUCGUGACCUCAAUUUUCAUUCCUGCGCUAUCUGGUAACGACCUACCCAUAGCCAAUCUUGUGAGUUUGGAACUCUUGCCCACGGUAGCUCAAUUCCACAAGGAUUUGGCUGCUAGAGGUAUAAUCCAACCGCUCUCUAUGGUGCUACAAGGCGAUUGGUCAUUUCAAGACGAACGUACCUCUCGCUUACUUGUCACACUGAAUAAUGUACUCCAAAGACUUUCAGGAAAGAUUCCAGGCUGUGGAGUCACGGAAAAAUACGCGCAAUUCGUCAUUGCUUUGCCGCAUCGAACCUAUUUGUCGUGGGAAGUCUUGCGAAGACUGCUUGAGACUCAAGACUCGGAUCACGUGACUGACUUGACUUUUGGCGAACUGUAUCGCCUGGCGAUUGAAGACGUGCGUGUUGCUGGGUUUGAGGCUCUGAGAAUUGCGUCAGGGUCUGUUCAUUCACAUGUGGUGGCCAAAGCUGUCAAUGCGAACCCUUUGGAAGCCGGCCACUUGAAAUUACUCACACAUGUGUCGCUUACGAGCCAUUCCUUCAGGACAUGCUACGCGCCUGUGCUCGAAACGCUAAUGGAAAACAUACACGAAUUCUCGCUAGGCGAUUCACUCCUCGUAAUUCAAAAUUUAAUGGUGUGGUUGCGUCAGUCGCGUAUAGAAGAUAAUCCCCAAGCGAAAGAGAUACUGCGACAGAAAAUAUUGAGUGUGUGCGUGAAUUUGGUAGCAGGAGAGGACGAUCAGGACAUGACAUUUUCGGAUCAAGAAAUUGAUUUCGAAAGUGAUGAAGAUAUUCCUGAUUUUUCAGAUGAGGAAUAUGCGUCAGUUGACGACGAAGAAAUGAAAACAUCAGAUUUCGCCGUGAAAGUACUUCAGAUACUACCUCUGACACUGACCGAUGCCCAGAUACACCUUGUCAUUCAAUCAAGAGCUAGCAGAAAUGCUUUGGCCGAUUUUGUUCGCGGGCGAAAAAUUGGUUACGAGCUUUUGGCAAAAAAAUUCCCGGACGAGAAAGACCCUGAGAUUAUCGAUGAAAUGCCGCUGGAUGCUUUGAGAUGUUUGUUACUAUCUCCAGUGGUCCAAAAAAGGAUCGAUUUCCUAAGAGGGCCAUCUGUUGUGUCUGAGGACGACUCUCUCGAGACGAUUCAAACUGUGUUGCUGGCUCGGGAACAACUCGAAGGGGUGUCCAAAACGCAAAUACUACAAUCUAUAGCUCGGUCCUUGGAUUCAGAAUCUAGUUCCUUGAUGGAUUUCCAAGUAGCCCUCGACACUUUACUCCUGGCUACCAAACUUCAAGCCUUUGAAAAUUAUCAGGACCAAAUGUUGGAAAUAGUUCUACCACAGUUGAAGCCUAACAAGAACUUCGUGAAAACUCUCAAAGCUGGAAAUCUCAAACAGACUAUCGAUGACGGUUCUGUAUUGAGGCUAUCUUGUUACACACUUAUCAAACAUUUAAAACCGUCCUAUGAGAAAACUCUGCAAAUCCUUGACGCGUGCAUCGACAGAGGAUUCAAAGACGAGGUGAAUGUUAAAGAUGCUGCCUUGGAGGUGUUUAUGCAAUUUUUCCAGCGGACAUGGUCAGAACUUCGCAUUCGAGACUCCAGCUGGUUUCAAAUCGAAAUAAUACCCAAGAUAAGAGAAAGGAUCGAAAAAAAUGCUACUCAACUACGUGCAACUGCUACAUCCCAACAGCUCGCUGACUCGGAACGGAGCCUUAGAGGGGUUGGUCGUUUAACGCAGUUUCUUGACCCUUAUGUCAGAAUCGUGAGGGACGACUUUGCAACGUGA